CUUAAACGAGCCGGGGUGCUUAGCCGCGUGUUGUGUGCAGCAAAAAAAAAAAAGAAGAAGGCAAGCAAAAAGCCAACAGCCCCCGCGCGCCUCCCCACCUCAUUGCGAACGGCAAACAAAUUACUUCAAACACAACAAAUCCCUCGCUGGCCCGCUUUCUCUUCGCCCGCGCCCUCGUUCGCGCACAAACAAUUUGUUUCCAUCCUCUGUGUGUGUGUGUGAGGAGGGGGCUGAUAGCGAGACGCAGAAAACCGUUCACACCUGUACCGCGCACCGCCUCCCUCAGCCCCAUCCAGGCCCAUCCACAAACCGUGAUGAUGUAAUUGUUUGCCCUGCGCACGGGGAAGUGGUGCUGGGCGGCGGGAAGGUUAAACGCGGCCACGCUUGGGGCAGUCGAAAAUUGUCGCGCAUGCGAUCCGGUCGCACGUGCCCAACACGCACGCACGCACGGAGUAUGGGCCGACCGGGACCGGGACCGACCGGGAAAACUGCUGUAAGUCAGUGUGUGUGUUGAUGUUGCCGGGUGCAGAGUACACACCGCCAGAGUGGGUGGUGGUUUUCGGUGAAACAAUCCGCCGCUCCCAUUGCACGAAACAUCUUCACGCGCGUCUCUCCCUCCCCUUCUCUCUCUCUCUCUCUCUCUCUCUUCUCCCCUGCACUGCUUUUCCUGCAAGAGUGUGGCUGUGUGUGCGGACGGUUGGGCGAAAGGCAACCCCUCCUGUCUGUAAGGAGGGAGCGUGCGCGCGCCACAGACGUUGCUGGAGCGUGUGUGCGUGUGUGUGUGUGUGCUCACAGGUGGAACCGCACACCGCUCCCGUGGCCCCCCGUGCAGGGUGGCGAAUUAGGGCCCCAGUGCAGUGAGUCGGCGAAGUCGAGAUGAAGUGAAAUUGUUUAUAACGCCAGCCCGUCGCCCGUCGCCGCCAACGGUUGCUGGGCCAAUAGUUGCCGCCAGCUCCCCUGCAAUCAACCGCCAGCGUCGACACCGUCACAGUUGGUGCAGGUUGUACCAGUGGGCAAUCGCUCGCCAAUCGCAGAACGCGCACAAAAGCGGAUCAUCGAGCGACCCGUUCCAUUCCAUUCCCUUACGCAAAGCUUUUGCGAGUGAGUGACCGUGUGCAAUUACAAUUCGUUUGUUUUUUGUUUGUUUUAUUUGAUUUUUGAAAUUGAAGAUAAAAAGUUUUCAAAACCACACACACAUACACACACAGGCGAGCGCGGAGACAGUGACAAAAGUUUGGGUGCGCCGAAAAGAAGCUGACCAGUGAGCGCGUGUGUGUGUCUCUGCUCUGGCGCGUGUGGUGCAGCAGCGGCGUGAAUUGCAUUUGCACCGAGCGAUCGGGUUGCCUCGUAUCCCAAAAGUAAAAGAGCCUCUCCACGGGUGAAUUUGCAGAAAUUAAAAAAAAAAACCCCCAAAGAAACGGUGCUUCGCAAAACUCCGCUCCGCUGAAUGGGUUGCCGCGGCGGGAACGCGCACCGUGUGCCGAUCGAUAGUCCCAGUAGGGCCGGGGCGUUCAGCGUCGUAGACGGGCAGUAACGUCGUCGCCACCGACCCUGCUCCGCUGCAUCAAUCAAACAGGCGCGUUUCCGGUGAGACCCUUUGUGGCAGCAAACUCAAGCGCCCCUCUUCCCGGGGUUACCCGACGACUGGCGACCAGCGAGCGAGACCAGCGAGAGUCAGCAUGACGUCGGUGGACAGCGACAGCAACGUUCCGGUGGAUCCAAGGGUGCAGAUCGAGCUGGAGAAACUGAACGAAGCAACCGACAACAUCAACAAAUAUGAGGUCGAUCUGGACGAAGCGAAAAACGAGUUCCGCGAGCUGCUGCGGGAAAGUGCGGAAAAGAUAAAGGCGGUCGCGAAAAAGGUCGGCAACUCGAUCGACGCAGCGAAACCGUACUACGAGGCGCGGCUGUACGCAUCCCAGCUCGCAAAGGAGACGCAGCAGUGUGCGCUCAACUUCGACAAGGCCAAGUCGGUGCAUGCGGCCGCGAAGGAGAUGGUGUACCUGGCCGAGCAGGGGCUGGGCGAGAAGUCGACGCUCGAUACGGCGUGCCAGGAGAUGCUGACGCACGCGACCACGCGCGUCAACGAGAGCCAGAACGAGUGUACCGAGAUGCGCAAUGUGCUGAAGAUAAGCGAGCUCAAGCUGGAGGUGGCCAACAACCGGGUGUGCAAGCUGCACUCGCAGCUCAAGGGCGCCAUCCGGGCGUCCAGUUUCGAUAUCCGGCGCAAUCUUUUGUUGAUGAACAUUAUUGCUUACCAGCACGAGUUGCUGUUCCUACCGUACUACGAGCUGCGGGCCAACUACAACGCGGUGCUGCUCGAGCAGAAGCAGAAGGUGGUGGAGCUCGAGACGAAGGUGGCGGAAUCGAAGCUACGGUACAACGAGGCCUUGUCCAACCUGGAGCGCAUCUCGGAGGAGAUCCACCGGCAGCGGAAGGCCCGGCGGGCCAGCAGCCUGGACGAGGAUGGCGGCGGGUCCGGCUCGUCCUCGUCGUCGGCCGUGCCGCCGGUCGGGCCGGCCGGCCACGCCACCGGCAAGAUGCUCGCCUCGAUGCACCUGCCCUUCGGCCAGCAGGGGCCGGCGACCCUCGGCACCGACCACCGGCGCAUCGACAGUGCCGACGAGUACCUCGAGUUCCCGGCCAAGCUGUCGAUCAAGGCGAGCCCGAUCAAGCAGAAGUAUCUGGACAAGCUCGACUGUCCCCAUCUGCUGAAAGACUUUGCGCGCAAGACGAGCCCGAGCGCGGAAAGCGACUCGGACAACUACCAGUUCUCGCCGAACCCGACGAUCGACGACAUCACCAACAUGUCGUCGGAGGACAUCGAGCAGUGGACCGAGAUCCGGCUGUCGAACUCGAACAGCAGCAGCUCCGGCUACUCGCAGCACAACUCGCUCGUGCUGGAGGACGCCCCGACGCCGCAGGACGAAACGACCGACUCGUCGUCGGAGGACAGCCCGAAGGCGAAGACGCGCAUCAUCAAGAUGGAAACGUACGACGCGCCGGAGGGGAUCGGUGGGAGCGUGCUGCGCCGCACCGACGGCAUUGCCGGCUGGAUCGCGAAGACGGGCAGCAGCGUGGUCGGGACUAGUGGGCACGGCGGGGCCGCAUCGGGCGGGCCGCCCGGAUCGGCGGCCACCGGCUGCUGCUCCGCCAACUCCUCCGCCACGUUUGCCAGCAGCGGGCGGCGCCAGAGCCUGGACAUCAUCAUCGACACGGGCGACCGGGUGAAGGACGUGUUCGCGCAGGGCAUCCAGCGCAUCGGCAAGACGCUCGAGCGGCGCAACAGCGAGUCGGAGGUGGCGCGGGACGAGUCGGCCGGGAGCGAUUUUUUUCUCUUCCAGCGCGCGGACCCUGCAAAGGAUGGUCUGUCGGAUGAGCAGGUGGAGAACCUACUGCUAGACCAGGACUGUACCGACAUCUUUCAGAACGUGGUGAACAUAUCAAAAUGAGGCCGGCGGACGACGGAGGGGUGGCAGGGGUCGUUACCCAACGGGACGCACGAGCCAAACCAGUGUGAGUGAGAAGGUGGGGGUGGGGAGGGCACUUUUCCGCACCUGGAAGAGGGAGGGGGCGAAGCAAUCGGGAAAGCAUUAGCCAUACGGAAACUAGUGAAGCAAUUUACCCAACAGAAGAAAAAAAUCACAAAAACAUACCCGACACACACACACACUGGAGCGAAAUCAUCGUUGUCCUGUGUUAGACGAUGUUGUUGAUUUAUCAUAGAUUCUAAUGUGCGCGCGCGACAAAACAGUGACGAAAAAAAAAACAAACAAACACAGCAAUAAAUAAACUAAUAGAAACCGUUGGUGGGGCCCUUUCAGCCCGGUCCCACCCGCGAGGUAG